AUGUCACUAUUCGGUGGCAACAGCCUGGACUCCGAUCCAGAUUUCAGACUCCAGACCUCAGCUACCUUGCAUGCUUCCUCGACGUUAGGCAUUUCCCUGGUCCGAUGUCUCCCUAGCUCCCGGGUUUGUCGCCUAUUUUCACAGGCGGCCCUCGAUCCCCGUUCAGCAAGCCCAACUCCCGCCGUGCCGCCCUACCAACAAACGUGCGUUUCCACAACCGACCGAUCUUCUCCACCUACAUCAAUGAUCACGGUUCUCCACAUACAUAGUGCUUUCGACCAUCCAUUAUGUGCGUUGAACAAUCUACACAGUACGGAGUACGGGCAGGUGUUCUAG